UACCAGCAGGUGGCAGCACAUGCAGUGGAUGAUUUCAAGAGGUAGGUUAAAACUUAUUCAUAGUGUAGACCACAUGCCCAUUUGACAUAAAGUGCCUAAUGAACACCUCUGUUCCCAUUCACAAUCAUGUACACCUCUCCCAUUCAUGAUUGCAUAACGUCCCUGUGGCAAAUGCCAUUGUUACUUACAUGGCAAAGGAACAUUUGAAAAGUGCUGCGUGUAUUUUUAGCUCUUCCUCGUUCAGUAAGUAGUGUUUGUCAUUCCUUGAAAAAUAUUAAUCGUGUUCUAUAUUGCUCUUCAUCUCCUCUCUCCAGUAUGUCUAUGGGACCAGUCUGCUGUCUCUGAACCACCAGCAUCUGAUCCUAAACCUCUUGUGGACUGAGGUUUUGGGAAUGUCUGAUCAGAAGUUUGAUAACUUUCAGAUGAUGCAAAUAGUUAAAAUCUCUUGCAUACAUGUACCUUUUAACAUCCAAGACGUGGCUAGCAAAUGGCCUUUGCCUUAGAUGACCUGUUUUCUUUUUUAAUCAAGCUCAGUAUUCAUGCCUUGGCAAUUGAGAUCCUUUCCUAAAGCUGCUCCACUACUUCAGCCUUCACAUUUUAUCACAUCUUUUCCUGUAGCCUCCAUGACCAUUGACAAGCAAAACAUGAUUUUAUAUUUUCCUUUCCCCCAACUAAUCUGAGAGGGGGAACAAUCCAGAUUAAAGUCACAUGUGCAACCCUGCAAUGACCUAGAAUAGCAUUAGGAUUUAUUCAGCCCACACAAAUAAAUGUAGGGACCCAACACUAGCAGGAUGCUAAUAUGCCACGCAGGCAGAAAACACUCAGGCCAAGCACAAUCUGAACCUUGGCAAUGGAGACUUGCUAUCUGAAAUUGGGCAGGCAGAACCCAUAAAUAAAGGUAGGCCAGAGCCUGUUUAAAACAGUGAAUAAAGAUCGUACUGCAUAUGACAGAAGACUGGGGAAACUGACCGCCUGCAGUGUAGAACUGCUAGUCAUUAGAUGAGGAGAAAGAAGAUUUUUAAAGGCACAAAUAAGUUUCAGGUGUUCAGCUAAAGCCUGUAGAAAAGCUAAAUCUCUAACAUAAUUUGUGCUGGCUUUUGAAUUUUUUUCCCAUUUGGAAGAUUCUGUUUUACAUGAGGAUGAUCAUAUUCCCCCACCCCAAAACACAACCACAGUAGAGAUGAAGAUGUUCUGUUAAAGCUCAUGCCUAAUUCUUAAUCUCAGGCAGUAUUCCAGUUUUCUACUGGGCCUAUGACAAAGAUAAAAGCAGCCUAGAGGUGAGGGCAGUGUCUUUAUUCCAAGGCUUUAUCCUACCAGAAGUCUUGAUUAGCAUAAUAUAGCGGAAAGCUGGGCAGAGGCCUUUUUUUUGCUGACCUCCAAUAAAUUCCCUCUGGCUGCCUGAGCCAUGUCAGGUUAACGGGAUGUGAAAUAGAGUAUUACUACCUUAAAUCCUUAACUGAUUGAUUAUGGAUGGACUGCUGGAGUUGCUUUAGUCCUAGUCCACACCCCAGUGAGACAUGCAGGACAAUGAUCUCCCAGAGAAGCAUCACGUGAUUCUAAUGCAUAGAGAAGAUAAGUUAGUGCUGGACUAGGAGCUUUUGUUUCUGCACUGGUAUGGAAUCCCUCAGGCACCAGUCACCUUCCAGGUUUAGAUGAGCAGGUGAAGAAUUCAUCUUAAAACCAGGACAUGUUCCAGGACAACCUGGAAUUAAGCUUGUUCCGGGACAACCAGACACUUGUUAAUGACUGGUUUUUAAUCAAUCAAUGAAGACAAGGGGGUAACAGGCUGAGAUACACAAGGGAAAAGAAAAAAAACCCCUAAGAAUAGGUGAGGGGAGAGAGGCACAAUUAGAAAAGACCAUUUUGUGGGGUUAGCAAAUAUUUGAAAUAGAUGGAAAAAUAGCAAAAUGAGUCUGGAGGCAAUACAGACACUGAAAAAGACCAAGACACUAAGCUUAAAUAGGAGGAAAAGUGGAGGCUAGCAAGCAGGAAAGGAGAAAAGGCAGGCAUAGUAAGUUUUUGUGCAGAUGUGUUUGCUUUAAACAGUAUUUAAGUGUGACUUAAUGGUAGUUCAGCUGUUUGCAGCAACAUCAAACAUGCUGUUCCCUGGUGUUAGGGAAUAGGAAAUUGACGGUCUUUGUUUGUUGAAGGUUCCCCCUAGUCUUUGAAAAGAGCAGAGGUAACCUGCCUUUCUCUGGUGCUUCAUCUGAAUGCUAUUUUCUGUGGUUGCUUUUUAUGGCUCCAUUUACUGAUUGCUGCUUUAAAAAUGGAUCUGAAAUGUAGUUGUCCCUCAUUUACAUGUGGAGGUUAUGGUCAGUGAGGCAAGUGUUAGCCCUCUUGUCUGAAUGCUGUAGGCAAGAGAACACCUGCAAGUAACUUCUGAUCAUGUAAAAGUUGUUUAUGUGUUUCCUUUGUACAAGAAGUCAUGAUAUGAUAGGACAUGGCUUGAUUUACAAGAAUGGAAACAAAGCAUGCACAGCAAUCUAUGUUUUAUUAUGUUGUCAGUUAAAUGAUUGAACUACUGUUUAUAUUUAUAUGUCAGGGUUCAUGCCAGAGGAAUCCUUUAGGGCCAAGUUGCAACCCAGUAACAGGUGAUUUCUUGGGAGGCUGGUCUGACAAUCAGUGUGUGCUAAUUGUUUGAAUGAAUUUACUAAGUUGGAGCCUUUUCCGUGCCUAUCAUGUCCUGUUCUACUGUAUGCACCUUUAGCAGCAUAAUUCAGCUUUGCAUUCUCGCCAGUUAUGACAGGAGUGUUUGAAGCAGCCCUUCCCAAGAGUGGGUCUGACUUUGUGCCCAUGAGCAUGAAGCAGGUAGUAUUGGCGUUCAGCACAGUACAGGGCAAGGAGAAGCAGCAUAGACAACCAGUUCUUUAAAAAACAAACAAACAAAAAAAAAACCUGUAGGGCUAGUGCUAGCAAUGCACAAAUGAUGGGAGUUCCUGAUCUAUACCUAGAGAAUAAUAGAAAGGGAGGGAUGCACUAAAGCCUUGCAAAACAUCAUGCCAAAGCCCUCCCACAGGCGUCCUGUGAAGCUCUGUUGAAAAAGGAUGGGGAUAGCUUGUUUGUUUUGUUUUUUGGGUAGCCUUUGGUUUUGUCUAAUCAUCAGUGUUCCACUGCACAUGUCUGCAGCUAUAUCCCCCACUGCAUCCAGCCACCUGGGCUAUCCAUCUUCCUUCUAUAUUCCCUAUCUCUUAUACUAUCUCCACCUUGUAUCCCUCUCUGCCCCCUCAAAUCCAGCCCUUUUCACCCCUCCCUGCACUCCCCCUUCCCUCCCCACUUGCACCCCUCCCUGCAUUCCUCCUUUUCUUCUCCCCUUGCACCCCUUUUUGCCCCUUGGAAUUUCCUGGUCCUUGCACCCUCCUUGCAUUGUUAGGCUCCAAAGCCUGUCACCUGGCCUCAGGGGCCUUGUCCCCGCCUCUUUGGCCUUCCUGCUCGCUGAUUGGUUUGUUCCGUUGGAAGCAGCCAGUGGGCGGCUGGACGGACCGUUGAAGCUGCGAAGGGGGAGCCUGACACAAUAGAGGGAGGGCCUUUGGGAAGGCUUGACCAAUCAGAGGUAAGAAACGGAGGGAAGGGGUGGGCAUUUUUGGCUUAUUUUAUUGGAGAAGAAUAGGUGGGGAGGAACCCUGAAAAUUCUAGCCAAUCGUAACUUCCGAAGCGGAGAGGGGGCGGAGCCGUUAGAGCAGUUGUCCUUUUGGCCGCGCAAAGGGGGGUGCUUCCUUAGAAUUGGCCAAUUAAAAGGUAGCUAAGGGAUGGGGCCGGGAUCUAAGGCUACUGGGCCAAUCAAAGAAAAGAGGCGGGCCUAUAAUGAGGAGGCGGGAAUAUGGACAAAAAGACCAAUCAUAGGCCAGGAUAAUAGAAAGAGGCAGGCCUUUAUAUGAGCUGACCAAUGAGAGGCCGGAACUUGUCUCUGGGUAUCCAGUGAGCGCCGCGCUGGCAGAGGCCAGUGGGUUGGGUUGCGGGGGGGGGGGGGGGUUGGUUGCCCGGGGUCUGUCAGAGCGGAGCAGAAGGGAGGAGGAUAAACAUUCGGGCUGUGGAGACCGGCUGUUGCAGCUGCUGCUUCGUGAGGCUCCGCGGCAGGGCGAGCGCAGGGCCCCGGCGGUGGUGUAAGAUGGCGGCGGCGACCCGGGUCUGUGUGAACAUCCAGAUGCUGCUGGAGGCGGCCGAGUACCUAGAGCGGAGAGAGCGAGAAGCCGAACAUGGCUAUGCCUCUAUGUUACCCUACAAUAACAAGGACAGAGAUGCCUUAAAACGGAGAAGCAAGUCCAAGAAAAACAGCAGUAGUAGCAGGUCAACACACAAUGAAAUGGAAAAGAACAGACGUGCUCAUCUGCGGUUGUGUCUGGAGAAGCUGAAAGGGCUGGUACCACUUGGGCCUGAAUCCAACAGACAUACUACACUGAGUUUACUAACAAAAGCUAAAUUGCACAUAAAGAAGCUUGAAGACUAUGAUAGAAAAGCAGUACACCAAAUAGAUCAAUUGCAGCGAGAACAACGGCAUCUGGAAAGGCAACUGGAGAAGCUGGGCAUAGAAAGAAUAAGAAUGGACAGUAUAGGAUCUACUGUUUCUUCAGAGCGUUCAGAUUCUGACAGAGAAGAAAUUGAUGUGGAUGUCGAAAGCACAGACUAUUUAAUGGGAGACCUAGACUGGAGCAGCAGCAGUCCUAGUGAUUCGGAUGAAAGAGGAAGCAUGCAGAGCAUCUGUAGUGAUGAGGGCUAUUCCAGCUCUGGCAUUAAGAGAUUAAAGCUGCAGAACAAUCACAAGCCUUGUCUCAAUCUAUAAGAAGUAACUCAGUAGCUGUUCCAUCCAUUGCCGUUUCCCUGUUGGAUCUUAUUAGGUAGUAUAUUGGACCGUCCCACAAUUCUCUUGCACGUAAAUUUAAUGUACCACCAACAUUAGCAAAAUCAGCUUUGCCUAAGUCCUGAAACAGUGCAUAGGGUUGUGGGUUAUAAGCUACUCUCUGGAGCACACGUCUGAUUGCAUCCACUAGCUUCUCUUUCUGUCAGUAAACUCAUCUCUGUGAGACUGUACAUUCCAACCAAAUUUUGAAGUACCCAAGAGUAUCUGGAGCACACGUCUGAUUGCAUCCACUAGCUUCUCUUUCUGUCAGUAAACUCAUCUCUGUGAGACUGUACAUUCCAACCAAAUUUUGAAGUACCCAAGAGUAUUUUAGCAGUAAUAGAGAGCUAACCCCCCCAUCUUUUUUUUUUUUUGCCUUGAUGUUAUUGUCUAGUAUUCUAGACCUACCUUUUCUUUGCUUAGCAACAUAAUGUAUCUAAUAUCCAGAACUAGUGGCUAAACAUAACUUUGUUUGAUCAACAAUCUGAAAGGGGAACCCAACUUCCUCAUAGUACAGAUCUGGAAAUGGGUGGACUAAACUUUCAAAAGUAGAGGGUGGAGCAUUUUAUCUGUCCUGUCUCUGAUACCUGUGAGAAUUGUGUAGCAAAAUCUGAAACUUGUUUUGGAAACUUACUCCUAUUUAUUAUGGCUAUUGCAUUUUUAGUAGUGUAGCUGUAUUACCACCUGACCCAGUCCUCUUGACCUAACUCAUUCAAAGUUCCCAUUGACUUAAAGUUCAAAGGGCUGUAUAUUUGCAGCCUUUACUUUCAAGGGUAACCCCAUUGAACUCUAUCUCAGAUUAGCAGCCAGCAAAUGACAGUGGGAAUUUUGACUAGCGCAGGACAGUGGGACCAAUUUUGGGAUGUUCUGAGUAGUUCUUGGAAGAUUGUAGGCAAUCAUCACCUCACAGGAUUGGGCUGCAAGACCUUGGCAACACGGAUAUGCUGCUUCACCUCUUGCAGAUAUCUUGAUAGGAUGUCUUCAGCCUUGCACAUCCCAGUUUCUUUAAUACCUAAACCCAAAUGGUACUAUUUCUCUAGUGCAAUUUAUUAUGACCUCACUGCAUUACAGCUGCAUAUUACUGUUCUAGGCAAGUUUUCCUAGAAGUUUGUUCUUGCUUCUCAUCUCUGGGACAAUUCUUUUCUACCUCAGAGAGAUGAACAAAGAUUAUCUCAAUCCCUUUAGCACAAAAAUAAUUAUGCCUCAUUUGUUUCUAUAAGCAAUGCUUGGUCCUCCUCAAAUCUGUUUUACUACAAAUUUUAGCAAUAACUGAGUGAUGAAGCUAGCUGUAGUAAGCUUGGGUGUCAGUGAUUGGGCACAUUUUGCAGGAUGUUGCUAAUACUACCUUACUACAAUUAUUCAGUGAAGUGCUAUUAGCAUUAAAGCACUUCCUCACUGGGUUGAAUUAUAAGGCACUCUAAAACUGGCUCAUGAAAGAUUUUGUUGCCAGCCUAAACCUUAAUAAUUUCCCCAAAAAAUAUGGUUUUCAACCUUGCAACAUAUUCAUUUAAGCUAAAUAGAGCACAUGUAAAUGUACAUAAUACACAUGAUCUAUAAAUAGUAUUUAUUCAUUUUAUAUAAAAUUAAUGUAAUGGAGAUACAUUCUUAUGCCUUUGUGCUUUUGUAGAUGUUCUGGAAACUUUGUAUGUAGAGGUCUGCUAACAGAGAGAGGAAAUAUAUGUAUAUAAAGAGAGAGAGACAUUUCUUCAGUCCUCUUUCCUCGAAACAUUUUAAGGUCUUUAUAUUCUGCCCACUUGGCAAACUCUUCACAAUGAAUAUUCAAUAUUUGAUUCUGAUAAUACAACCAGCUGGUACAACGUGACCAGAGAAGCCCUAAUAUCCAACUGAGCGAUUUCAUUAUAUAAAAGGGCUAUGUAGCUUAUAUAGUGAUGGUCAACAAAAGUGGGCUUUCACACUUGCCUGCAGUCUUUUUAAAAAUGCAGUUCAUGAGACUGAACUAGUCAAGCUGCCAAAAGCACUAAGACACUCUGUAAAGUGCAAAUGAGCAAACUAUAUAAAAUUUAGAUAUGUUUCCUUAAAAUAUUCUCAAGCUAUUUUUGGAUAAUUUGAACUCUUUAAAAAAAGAAAAGAUGGGAAAUGAGGCUAGUGGAUUGCUAAAAAUCUCCAAAGUAUAUUCUCUUUAUGUGUGCUAUGUUUAAAAAAAAGAAAAAAGGAAAUUUUUUUUUUUAAACAGCUGGAAUUUUCAGAUGUCCAGCAGAUUUGCACUGAACUAAAACUUGUAUGCCUUUUGCAUUUGUAAGCCUGCUUCCUGAGUACAAGCAGAGAAUCUUCAGAGAGCUAGCUCAAAACCUGUAAACAAGAAAAAAUGUUGAAUAUCUGCACUUUGAGGUCCUUUGCUCAAUAUGUUUUUGCUUGAAACCUCUUGCUUUUCCCUCCUUCAAAUAAGUGUUGCGUAAACUGCCUCACAAAACCAAACCUAGAGUUGCAGAUAUUGCUACCUUUAAAAAGGUAGCAAAGUAACUUUAGAUAUUUGGAAAGUGUCGGAGGAGUAUAUUUGAAAUAUUAAAUUGUGUAUUUUGUAUGUGUUUUGUUUUGUUUUUUUUAAUUUAGAAAUACUGAGUCUUAAGGCUUCAGCGUAAUGUGUUUUUUAAUUGUUGUGCCUUUGAGUUAACUACAUUCUUUUCUUUUUUUUUCCCCUUUGGUGAAAUAUUGAGUGUUUUGUCCCUAUAUAAAACAGUAAUUAUUUGACCUUUGCACUGUUUGGAUGUGGUCCUCUCAAUUUUGAUGGCAUAGAAAAUGUUGAACUUUGAAAAUGAUGCACUAAUGUCAAAACUGACACAAGGGUAUACGUGGUGUCUUUUCCAAAACUCUAGGCAGGUGCAGUAAAUUUUGCUACUGUGGGCUCCAAGGCCACUUUUGUGUUGGCUAGGACCAUCCUUGGCAGCUUCAAAUCUCUCUGGUCCUCUUUGCUAGUCAACAAGCCCAAGCCUCAGGCAGCUAAGUCUACUUCCAAGGCUGCUGAAAUGGUAGCAUUUUUCUCUGUUUUGCCAGCCUUUUCCUCGAAUUCACUGAUCCACCAGCAUUAUUACUAAUAAGCUGCAGAAAAUAAAAAUUGUAGAUUGUUAAGGGAGUGAGGGACUACUCGUAUAUUCCAAGUUUACGAUUGAUAGUUGCACAGGGGUGUGUGAAUGUAAAACACACUUUUUCUUGUUUAAAAGGGCAGAUUAAAAAAUACUGCCAUCAGUAACUAAGUUUCAGUGAAAAUGGUGAAACCAAGCACAUGCUCAAUUGGAAGAGAAAUCAGAAACUCUUGCACUUAAUAAUCAGAGCAGAGAAGAAAAAUUACAGUAACUUAUGUGUUAAUGAUGGUCUGUCUUAAACAUCUUUAAAGUACUGUUUAUACCUAUUGAACUUGUUUUCCUGAGUGUUGAGCACCCAGAAUCUAAUUUCUUCUACAAAGCAGAGCUUUCAACUCUUCAUGGUGCUGAUAGUCACAUCUUGUGAAUUUCCAGGGUCAUUGCUAAUACCAAUUUAUGAUGAAAAUUCAAAGAGCACUUUUUUGAGCAGCACUGUAGGUGCCACUAACUUCACAACAUCUUAAGAUGAUCUGAAACACUUUUUAGAGCUCUGGACGUUAACAGGCCAUGGUCUGCCAAUUGCCACACUAGCACUUUGUUCUCUAAUAAGGCACUUCUCUCUCCCGGUCCCAAACCCACUACAGCUCUCUAUCGGCUCUGAAAACAAAGAGAGCCCUAUAUCUGAUGUCACUCCAGAGCUAUAAAUCUGUGCAUUAGGCUUACCAUCCUAGCCAAGAGAGAGCCUUAUGUUAUAAUGUAUGGUGGCUUUUUCCCUUGCUCGUUCAAAGUGUGUGAACUAGAUGAAACAGGCAUCUGAAAUACUAUCUAGCAAUACAUUCAAGCUUUGAGUUCUUUUGCCCCUUUUUUUAACAAAUUUCAGGUUUUGACACUGUAAUGUAUUGGGAAGAAUUCUGCUUUUGCCAGGCUAUGUAUCUGCUCCCCUGAAAGUGUAUAUUCUGUUGCUUUUUUUUAUUGCUGCUUGGUCUGCAAGUUGUUUAUACUGUCUAUUAGUAGAAACAGGUACCUCGGUCCCAAGCAUUACUGAAACAUGCGACAGCUGUGUGAAUAGCUAGCUGAGUAGACACCUCUGUGGUAUGGAAGAAAUCACCAAAAAAUUCCAGCCCCAAAUAGUCAUCUAGCAUUCAAAUGUCUCUAUGCUAUAGCCAGUUUUUUUUAAAUCUGGGUUGUAAUAAACUUGAUCCCUCGUUUUUAUUUAUUUGGAAGAAGGUUUUUUGUACCAUGUUGUUCAGGUGAAGGGCAGCUCUACCUAGCUGCUGUUGGCUGAAUAGCUGCUGUAUGACUGCAAAAAAAAUAAUAAAAUUAUAAGUACCUAUAUCUUCUAAAGUGCCCAAACCUUAAAUGAUGUGGGGUUUUGACCAGUUCUAUUUGUGUUGUUUUUUUCUUCCAAAUUGAUAAAAGAACCAAACUUGCCUAUCUCCUUUUCUCAAGUUGGUGCUCUUAGCAACGCUGCUGUUGAACCAUCAGUUUUAUUUUUGGCAGUCUUCCAAAUAGUAAAUGGACUAAACAGAGGAGCAAGCAGAUGGGAGAAUAUGAAUUCUGUUUCCAGAUGUUAAGUUCCUAAUGUAAAUACCACCACAUUAUGAAUCCUGUGUCAAGACCAUAUAAUGGUGCUUUUUAUUACAGUUAGCACAUGCAUUUUUAGAAACUACAUGUUUUAGAAGACCUUGCUGUGUAUAUGUAUACUUCUGUAUUGUUCGACUGUUAGAUAAUAAAUUAUUUCAUUACUAAAG